AUGAUAUAAAAUAUUAAGAGUAUACAAAGAGUAAUAUUUAGUCAUUAAAAGCAAAUAUUCUGCCUGUCUUAGUUCAAUAAAAAAUUUAAUCAUCAAAAAAUUAACACUUAACAUAUCAAAAGUUAAACCAAGUCAAAUUAACAAGCCAAGCAAUACAACUUCAAACCUUAUUAAUUAAAAAUGGAUACAAGCAAGCUAAAAAUUACAUUCAUUGGUGCAGGCAAAAUGGCUACUGCUAUUGCAGGAGGUCUCGUUAAGAGUGGAAAGUAUACCCCAAGCCAAUUCACUGCCACUGAUAAGAGUGAAGCUUCAAGGGAACAUUUUAUUGAAAAGUCAUAGGUCACUAACAUUAUUCAAGACAAUAUUCUUGCUUCUAAAUUUAGUGAUGUUAUUAUCUUAGCUGUCAAACCCCAACAAAUUGAAGAAGUCUGCAAAGAAAUAGCUGAAGUUUGCCAAGACAAAUUAAUUAUUUCAAUCGCAGCUGGCACUAAAUUGGAAACCUUUUACAAGCUAUUUGGCCACAAAAGAAUUAUCAGAGUUAUGCCAAACACUCCUAUGAUGGUUGGAAUUGGAGCUUCUGCAUUCUCUAUGGGCGAUUAAUGCAAAGAAACAGAUAGAGAUAUUUGCUUAAGUAUUUUCUCUCCAGUUGGUAAAAUUCACUAAGUUGAAGAGUGCCACAUGGAUGCCGUUACAGCAGUAAGCGGAAGUGGUCCUGCCUAUGUUUUCUAAUUCAUUAAAGCUCUUGCAGAUGCUGGUGUUUAAUAAGGUUUACAGCCUGAAGUUUCCUUGGACUUAGCAACUUAAACUGUCCUUGGAGCUGCCAUGAUGGUCAGCUUAAACCAAGGUACUCCUGAAGAAUUGACUAAAGCCGUUACCUCUCCUAAUGGUACAACCUAUGCUGCUCUUUGUUGCAUGGAAAAAUUGUAAUUCAAAGAGACAGUCUACAAAUUUGUUGAAGCUGCCACUAACAGAUCUAUUGAACUAGGUGGCGGAAAACCUAAAUAAGCAUGA